UCAAGAAUCAACAAUAAACUAACAUGUACAAGAAAAUUAUAUUUACUCAUAAAAGAUUUGAAAAACAUAUGAAAUGAAACAAAAAUUAUGGGAAAUCAAGAUGUGAAGGUGCUCAACUUUUUAUUGAGUCCAGUUGGUAGAAGAGUUGAAUGGGCUCUAAAGCUCAAAGGUGUUGAUUAUGAGUAUAUAGAAGAAGAUAUCUUCAACAAAAGCAAUCUCCUUUUGGAAUUGAACCCGGUUCAUAAAAAAGUUCCGGUUCUUGUUCAUGGCAAGAAAUCAAUUGCAGAGUCAUUGAUUAUUCUUGAAUACAUUGAUGAAACAUGGAAGCAAUAUCCGUUGCUGUCUCGUCAUCCUUAUGAAAGAUCUCGUGCUCGAUUUUGGGCUAAGUUAUCUGAUGAGAAGCUUGCGUUAGGUUCAUGGAGAGCAAUGGUGAGAAAAGGAGAAGAAGGAGAGAAGUAUUUAAAGGAAGCAAAAGAAGUAAUGGAGAAAUUAGAAGAGGAGAUAAAUGGGAAGAAAUUCUUUGGAGGGAACAAUAUUGGGUAUCUUGAUCUUGCUCUUGGAUGGAUCACUUGUUGGCUUCCAAUAUGGGAGGAAAUUGGGUCAAUGCAGGUACUUAACCCAUUAAAAUGUCCAUCCAUCUCUUCAUGGAAGAUCAAUUUUCUGAAUCAUCUUGCCAUUAAAGACAACUUGCCACCAAAGGAUAAAAUGAUUGCUUAUUGUCAUCGUCGCAUAGAGGAGUUUUCUUCAACUUGUCAUGGUUAAUUGGUUGUUGAUUAUGCAUGCAUGUUUGAAUUAUAUAUGUACUGCUAAAUAAAUUACUGUGGAAGACUUGUAAACUAUUGGAAAUAAUGAGAGAUUUGGUGACACUUAUGGUGUGCUAAAUUUUGCAGUGUGUUUGGGAGAGGUUCUAGUUCUUCUCAAUGGACUUCAUUAGCAACCCUCUCAUAAUUUGAGUACACUCACCGUAUAUAUGAAUGUUUGUAAUAGUGACAGUGUCGAGGUUGCGGUUUCAUUAAGAAUUUAGCGAUUUUGACUUGCAUUAUUGAUGAAACAUCAUUAUUGUAUUAUUAGGAGGUACUUACAACUUAUUUUUAGGCAUUGUUAUUUUUACCUUAGUUAAUAUCUUAAUUAUGGUUAGAGUUAA